GCCGCCCGUCGCCGCGGGCCGGGCCGGGCCGGUCGCCGCCGCCAUCGCCGCCAUGGCCUGGGGCGCCUCGCUCGCCGAGUGCCUGCGCGAGUGGGAGGAGCUGCAGGACGGCUACCAGCGCAUCCAGGACAACCACAGGCUGUACAAGCAGAAACUCGAGGAGCUGACCAAGCUGCAGGAUGGGAUCUCCAGCUCCAUCGCCCGGCAGAAGAAGCGGCUGAAGGAGCUGUCGCUCUCCCUCAAAAAAUGCAAAGCCCAGGCGACUCCCGAGCAGGAAGCAUCCAUCCAAGAGACCCAGAGCCUGAUUAAAGAGAGGCAGAACGUGUUCUUUGAGAUGGAGGCCUAUCUGCCAAAGAAGAACGGGUUGUACCUGAGUCUGGUGCUCGGCAACGUGAACGUGACACUGCUCAGCAAACAGGCCAAGUUUGCAUAUAAAGAUGAGUACGAGAAGUUCAAGCUCUACCUCACCAUCAUCCUACUCAUUGUCUCCUUCUCCUGUCGGUUCCUCCUCAACUCCAGGGUGACAGACGCCGUCUUUAACUUCCUCCUGGUGUGGUACUACUGCACCCUCACCAUCCGCGAGAGCAUCUUGAUCAACAACGGCUCCAAGAUCAAAGGCUGGUGGGUUUUCCAUCACUACAUCUCCACCUUCCUCUCAGGUGUCAUGCUGACCUGGCCAGAUGGGCUCAUGUACCAGAUGUUCAGGAACCAGUUUCUCUCCUUCUCCAUGUACCAGAGCUUUGUGCAGUUCCUGCAGUAUUACUACCAGAGUGGGUGCUUGUACCGGCUGCGAGCGCUGGGAGAGAGGCACAACAUGGAUCUGACUGUGGAGGGCUUCCAGUCCUGGAUGUGGAGAGGCCUCACGUUCCUGCUCCCCUUCCUCUUCUUUGGGCAGUUCUGGCAGCUCUACAACGCCAUCACCCUGUUCCGCAUGCUCCAGCACCCCGAGUGCAAGGAGUGGCAGGUCCUCAUGUGCGGCCUCCCCUUCUCCAUCCUCUUCCUGGGCAACUUCUUCACCACCCUCCGUGUCGUCCACCAGAAGAUUCAGAACAAGAACCAGGACACGAAGGAGAAUUGAAGUGGGGCACUGUGGAAGCCUGGACUGUUUCUCCCCACUGGCUCCAUCCCCUAUCCCCAACUCCUCAAUUCCGUCCGGACUCUGGUGUCUCAUCCCAUUCCUUGGAGGCCCGGGUGUGGGACAGAGCUUGGGGCCUGCUCCUGGACAGUCCAUGUGCUCACCUGGAGUCAGGAGCACCCUGCACCUCCUGCCCUGGCUGCCUUCCACAUCCAAACAGCAGGAUGCUUGGGAUGCCACUCCCAUUUCACUGGGAUGUUCUCUGGAUGCUGGUGCUCCCCACCCCACUGGGACAGGGCAGCGUCCAGGGACUGCCUCCCGUGGCUCCAGGGGUGCCCGAGGCUCCCCCUUUUGCCCCCCAGCCCUGCAAGGGCAUUCCAGGGCUGCCCCAGCUCCUCCCUCGCCUUCAAUCCACAGGGAAGGGGCACGGGAGGGGUGGGAGCAGCAGGAGCCUGCUCCAGGCCUCACGCUGGGGCUGUGCAAGCACCACCUGAGGCUGCAAAUGUGAAAAUAAAAGGAAGGAGCUGCCCCAGGCCACCGGGACAGUCUGGGAACAGCUCCCACACUCUGCUCUGCGGCUUUGGUUCAUCAGGAAGGGGGUCCUGACAAAACCUCCCUGAAAGGAGGGUGGAGGUGGGGGGCAAUAGGACAAUUGUCACAAUAGGACAAGAGGAAACAGCCUCAGGUUUCACCAGGGGAGCUUUAGAUAGAUAUUAAUGAAAAUGUCUUCACAAAAAAAGGGUUGUCCAGCCCUGACAGAGGCUACCCUGGGCAGUUGUGGAGUCACCAUCCCUGCAGGGAUUUAAAAGCCAUGUGGCAGCUGGGGACAUGGUUGAGUGGUGGCUUUGGUAGUGCUGGGUUAAGGGUUGGACUCAAUGAUUUGGAGAGGUUUCCCAGCCUAAAUGAGCCCAUGAUUUUAUGAAAAGUCAUCUCCCUGUGCCCUUCCAUCAGCCUGAGCCGCAGGGGGUGCUCCUUCCCAUGGCACCCCAGUCUGCACAGGCUGUGGCCACCAAGGAGGCCCAGCAGAACAUCAGUGUCCCUGGAGGUGGGGAACAGACACCCUGUACCAGCACUGGGAGCUCUGGAAGAACCAAAGAGCAGGUUGGGCACAGCUGCACCCCAGUCCAGAGCCCCCCACUGCCAUCCUCCCUCCCCUCCCACAGCCCAGCACUCAGGGUAAGGGCUGUCACCAGCUCAGCCUAAACCCAGAGCUGCCACCACAUGCCCAGAUUUCCUCCUGGUUAUCAUCCAUGGCUCCUCCUGCCUCCUUCUUCCCUCUGGCUGAGCAGAGAGAAUGCAGGAAGCAAACUCCAGACACAGGAUUUUUAUUCCAAGGGCAAAUGUAUUUAAAUAAUUUACAAUCAUUGGACAGCCUGGAAGUCUGGGGUUUCUGCUGGGUUUUUUUGUUUGUUUUCUUUUUUUUUUUUUUUCCCCAUGCUUAAAUCACAAAGAUGUUAAAAAUAAAAACCAUAUUUAAAAAAUGACCGUACAUGGUGCGAGGGAGGGGCUGGGCUCAGGGGA